CUCAAGACAGGACCUGGCCGUAGCGAAACAGUUGCAACAGCAGAUGGCGCAAACCGUCAUUCCCACGGUCACAAUUUGGCCAAUGCUGAUUUGAGUCAAGGAAAGGUAACACAAACCGUUGAACAUUUGGCCGGUAUCACAAGCAAAACUAAUCAUACCCAUAACAUUGAAGAAGUUGAACGUCAACGUGAACUCGAACGUCAUCAACAUCACAUUCAAGUUCAUCAUCAACCAAUCAAGCAUGAAGAACAUGCAGCUGAAAAGCAACACGUUAAAUCUCACCCAGUCACAAAGAUUAGCGAAAAGCAUGCUUCCACUGAUAAGGAUGCUCAAUUGUUGGCUUCUGUCACUCACUCCCACGGUCAUCGUGAUGAAGUGAACCAAGCCCCCGUUCAACAUCAAAUCGUUGACAAGGGUGAACAAGUCAAGGAAACCGUUCACCACCACAUCCACAACGUCGUUGUCCCAUUGGUUUCUCACGAUGCUCAUGAACAUCACCGUAUCAAGACAACAAUUCCAACCCAUCACGUCUUGCACGAAGCACCAAUCAUUCAUCAAGCCACAACUUUGGAACCCGUUUCACGUGAAGAAUUCUUGAAACGUGGUGGUGUGAUCGAUUCUACAAAAUCUCACGUCAAGGAUGCAAACUUGUUGCACAACGGUCAAUGUGAACGCAAGGUUGACGGUGUUGCCGAAAAGCUUGCCAAAGAACUC